GCCAGAGAUCACAAAAGCACGUCACGCCUCAUCCACCCAUUGCUUUUUCUGCUCUUCUUGCCCAUAAUCCGAUGCAGCGCACCAUUUUUCUGUUACUGUCUGUGUUCGUCAUCACACAGCUGUUUAACUAUGCCUGGAGUACGCGGAAACAUUCAUCACGGUUUAUAAAACGUGCUGAUCCAGUUAAUACUUGGGCUGAGAAACAGUGCGACAACAUUUGGGAACAUGAGGACCAAUGUGCCUAUGUUUUGGAACACUGUUCUGAAACUAUUCCUAGCCUUAUAAACUAUUUACAGUGGUACUAUUGCUCCGGCUCAGUAAAGCCUCUCGUUUUAAUAUGCUUGUCCACCUGGCUUCUGUUUUUAUUUGGUUUUGUUGGCAUCGCAGCAUCCGACUUUUUUUGCCCCAACCUCCAGACACUUGCUGCAGCAUUACAUCUAUCAGAAAGCAUGACUGGCGUAACGUUCUUGGCAUUUGGUAACGGUAGUCCGGAUGUGUUCUCUACGUUCAGUGCCAUGCAAUCCAAUCUUGGCUCUCUUGCUCUCGGAGAGCUAAUCGGAGCUGCGUCAUUCAUUGUCAGCGUGGUAGCUGGAACUAUGUGCGCAAUUCGACCUUUUCGAGCAAAGCGUCUCAGUUUCUUACGAGAUGUUUCCUUCUUUACCGUUGCUCUCAUUUUAGUGCUUCUCAUCGUUGCGGAUGGACUGAUUCAUCUCUAUGAAGCCAUCAUACUAGUGGUCUAUUAUGUCAUAUAUGUUGCUGUGGUUGUCGGUGGCAACUACUAUGUCAAGCGACGUUCAGCUUAUAUGAAUUUAGUCGAGAGAGCGAGAGCAGAAUACGAGGACAGUGAUGGAGAUAUGGAUAGAUUACUGCGCAUAGACCAUCGUGACUGGCGAGACGAAGAUUCAGGAGAGGAUGAAAUGGAACUGUACGAUGAAGGGUUUGAAACAGAAGGUUUUGGUAGUCAUUUAUCUACUCCGUCAUCAGCAAGGCAUGACGCUGCCCACCCAAGCCAACAAUCAAAACUCCACAUUCGAUCUUCCUUGUUUGCCGCACUAGAGUUUCGAGAUGUAGUACAAUCUCUGGAACAAGCAAACGCCAGGCGACAUUCCACCGGUGGCCUUCGAAAUAGAAUCCACCGUGUCUCGCUACAAGCUCAACGUAGUUCAGCCAGUCUUCACACCAUCAAUCACCCUGAAAACUACCAAAACCCGCAUUUGGAGGAUAUGGAAAACGAUGAAUUGGAUGGUGAACAAGUCGAGAAUAACAAUAUUGAGCACUCUACUGAGGAACAAAUUUCAGCAUUCCCGCAACCUCAGGAUCAUGUGGAAAGACAGCUCGACGCUGCUUCCCUAUCGACAAUAGCGAAAAUAAGCUCAAAGAUAUUAGCCGUCCUGCAUCCAGUAACAAGUCGGAUACCUAUGGCAAAUGUUGAACUCCCAGAAAUGGAAAAAGUGAUUAUAACCUUGUUCCCGUCUUUGAUCAAAUUUCGAAAGAAGCCAUUGUAUUCCAAGAUUAGCUCUAUUCUCUCCGCUCCCGUCAUCUUCCUUUUAACAAUCACCCUACCUGUGGUCACAGAGGACUCCCUUUCUUCGUCAUCCGGUGGCGUUCACUUGGAUGAAGACUCGGAAGCAGUUUUGCAAAACAUGGAUGAGGAUGAUAUCCUCGUAGAUUUUGAUCCUUCGAACAGUUCGUUGGAAUGGCAACGAUGGUUAACAGUUACACAUCUUUUAAUGUCUACUCUAUUUGCCUCUCUUGUUCUCACUUCUCUUGGUCUUGGUCCCGCGGCCCUCAUAAUCCCUAUCUUUGUGGCCACUGGUGCUGUCCUGUCAGUGUUGCUGCUCUUGACGACAUCAGCUCACAGACGGCCUCCCCUGUUUUGGAUGAUGUGUUUUGUAGGCUUCAUCGUUGCUGUUUUGUGGAUAUAUGUUAUCGCCAACGAGGUUGUUGGUGUUUUGCAAACAAUCGGUUUUGCUCUUGGUAUUAGCGAUGCUAUCCUUGGUCUGACCGUGUUUGCUAUGGGUAAUAGUUUGGGUGAUUUUGUAGCCAAUGUUACUAUGGCCAGAAUGGGAUAUCCUAUGAUGGCUAUCAGCGCAUGCUUUGGAGGACCUAUGCUUAAUUUGUUGUUGGGAAUCGGUAUCAGCGCAACGUAUGUCACUACCCAACGAAAUGAACCUUAUGCCAUCGAAGUCGGACCCACGAUAGCAGUAUCUGGCAUAGGACUUCUGGUCAUUCUCGUAUCUGCUCUCAUUCUGGUACCUCUUAAUAAGUACAGAAUGUCCAGAUCAUUUGGAUAUGCCUGGAUCGCCAUCUAUAUCAUUUGCACUAUCAUCAAUGUCUCGAUUGAAGUGUCCAAUCGAUCCUAGCGAACUCAUAAUUCUAUUUACAUAUCCGCCCUUAUCAUGGAUGGCUUACCAUUAUACACCUUUAAAGAUACCAUACUUUCCCUUGUACAGUAGUGUAGAGACUUUCAAAGGAAGAAAGAAAAAACUAAAAAGAGCUAUUAAUUUGGCUACUUGCAAAAAAGUAUAAAAUUUCACUCGCCGCGACUUGUGACAAAUUUAACUGACUGC